CUUGAAGAAACAGCUUUAAAUGAAAUCGAUCAACUUAUUGAAAGUUUGGAUGAACCAAUUAAUAAUUUAAUUUUUAUUAUAGAAGAAGAAUCAGAUGAACCAAAUUCUCUUACAAAAAUAAAAGAAGACCUUAUGCAACCUCUUGAACCUCAGAAAGCCUCUUGA